AUGGAUAUAAACCCUACUAGUGCUGCCGACCGAUAUCCUGGAGGUAUACCCAAAGGAGCUGAGGAUCGGGAGGCAUACAUCUUGAACCAGCAGGCAAUGUUCGGUGGUGGUACCCAUGCUCCUCUGUCCAGACGCCGCAAGACGGUCGUCGGUAUUCCCAACUAUGGCGAGUUCAUUCGCAGCUAUGACGAUCGAGCCAGCGAACAACGUCGUCGAGCGAGAAAGGAUAGUCACCAAUCUCCCUACGACGACAAGGACGACCUCUCGCACGACAACGUCCACUUUGGGAACGACUCUCUGCCACCUUCCUUCUCCUCGACCGCGUCCUCCAAUGCCGACAAGCGCUCUUCGACUCACGUGCCUCUGUCUAAGAAGCAAAUUACGCCGAGUUCAAGACACAGUCGACAUGGUUCCACCUCCAGACCCAAGCUACCUGAGUCUUUCAUGAGCGCUCCCGAUAUGCCACCGCCAGACAGCCCCGAUACAUUCAAGAGGAAGAUCCAUGAGCACACGGCCCAUUUCUACGCUUCGCAGAAGCAACGCAGCCACUCGCGACCGCGUCACAAGUCUCUCCUUAGCUCUUGUCUCUAUGAACACCCGCCUCAACCUGCUCAGGUUGCACCUCCUCAGCCUCUGAUCGCACCCAAUGAACACAUGCCUGUCACUGCCUACGCUCUCUGGCGCCAGGACUGCGAUGAGCAGUUGAAGGAUAAGUCAGCCAUGACUCACGUCCCCGUUCCCUCGAUCCCAACAUGCUCAGAAUGUGCCAAUGCCUCUAUCCUUGGUGGUCAGGCGGCCCAAAUUGCCUGCGGUCACAGUCUUGACAAGGUCUUUCGCACUGCCAUCACCGAGAGAACCGGUUCAUUCGCCUUCAGCAAAACCUAUUUCGCCAUCCUCAAAGGCGAACGUCAACGCUGGCAUACCGACCGCUUUGGAGCUUGCAAGCCUAGCGUCAAGCCUCGAAUCGUGGCUGAUGCACAGCAGCUGUUCAUCCUCAUCAACGACCUCUUUGAGCUCGAGAAGCUGCGUAUAGUUGAGGCUGCUGAGAUGUUGCCUGAGCAUGUUCCCGCGCAUGAGCCUUAUCACACUCCUGAUUACUUCAAGUUCAGACCUGAUAAGCGUGACGUCUGGUAG